AUGCAGAGCUCGUUGAGCUCAGUGGCUCAACCAGAGGCAAUACUGGAAUGGCUUCAAAUGGAAAUGGGGUAUAGGCCCUUGCCUCAGUAUGGCGCCUCAAAUUUGCCGUGGGAACAUGAUUCCGGUUGGAAUUUCUUGAUAACACGGGUGAAGUCGGAGAAAACUGUGGAGAAUAUUCGGAGAAACAUAGCGGUUCACGGUGAUGCAGAUCAUGGUGGCAGUGUUAGCAGUUUGGUGAGUGCCGGAAAAGAAGAGGGUAGGAGUAAAGGGAGGAAAAAGGAGAAAAUAUUGGCAGAGAGUUCGAGCGCGGCGGAGACUCGAGAGGCUGCGCUGCAAGAGCGAGAUUUGGCAGAGAAAGAGGUGGAAAGGUUGAGAAAUAUUGUGAGGAGGCAGAGGAAGGAUUUGAGAGCUAGGAUGCUGGAGGUUUCAAGGGAGGAGGCUGAGCGGAAGAGAAUGCUUGAUGAGCGGGCGAAUUACAGGCACAAGCAAGUUAUGUUGGAGGCAUAUGAUAGACAGUGUGAUGAUGAAGCGGCAAAAUAUUUGCUGAAUAUCAUAAACGUCUUUGUCACUUUGUAA